AUGAUUACUUAUAGACGUCAACAGGUCCAGAAUCCUUAUGUCGGAUUAAAUGCUUACCACAACCACUGUAGCACAAAUCCAAACUUCGUAAGAGGUAUAUUUAAAGACUAUUUGUAUAUUUCUAGACUAUUUGUGUGGCUACUUGACCACCAUGCUGUUGAGGGUGUUGAUGCCCGCCUACGUGUUUGUCAGCUUCUGAAUAAACUCCUCAAGUAUAUGGGGGAGGAGGCUUGUAUUGAUGAUGAACUGUAUAACAAAAUCUACUACGGAAUGCUCGAUAGACUCAAGGAUAAAAUGGCGGACAUCAGAUCCCAGGCCGUGACUGCAUUGCAGAGGCUCCAGGAUCCAAAAAAUGACGAGUGUCCGAUAAUCAAGGCGUACCUGUUCCAUCUGGCUCACGACCCUAACCCUAUAGUCCGGCGGACGAUCGUGAGAUGUAUCGGAGCUACCAGGCUGACCCUUCCUCAUAUACUGGAGAGAACCAGGGAUGUAGAUGAAGGAGUCAGACGUUCUGCCUACAAGUUUCUUUCGGAGAAGGUUCACAUCAAAUCUUUAACCAUUGGUCAGAGGGAGGGGGUUCUACAGAGGGGACUCAAAGAGAGGUCGGAUGCUGCUAGAAAGGUUGUAGAGAAGGAGUUGAUACCGAGCUGGUUGAGGUUGAGUAACAACAAUAUUAUUCAACUGCUUCAUCAUCUUGAUGUUGGAAAUAGUGAACAGGAUUUCAAGGCUGGUCAGCAAAUAUCUGCCCCUGCUGGUGCACUAGAGGUACUCUUUGCAGAUCAUCCUUACAGCGACCUCGUAGCUAACUUCCAGUACCUGGACACCAACAAGUUGAUCCCCAAAGCCAAGCUGACCCCUGAGACAGCUCUAUACUGGCGUGUUUUAAUCCAAUACAUGUCUAAGAAGGAUGACAAUGAAGAGUCCCUUGAUACAUUACGUCCAGAACUAUCUCCAUUCUGCGAUUAUGUUCGGAACUUUAUUCUCUCUCUUACUCCAGAGGAUGACGACCUAAACUGGGAGUUCAUCGCUAAGGAGCUGAUCAUCAUCUGCUCCUUCUACGAUCUAGGUGAUGAGGUUGGAAGGAGGAACCUGGCCAAACUAUUGAAGGAUCUGCUCAUCUCUACCAAAAUAUCCCCAACCCUAAUCCCACAGCUGGUCUACAUCUUCAAGAAGGUGGAGAAGAACACUCAGGCUAGAAUUGAGCAGAUUGCCGAGAUUAUCUCCGAGAUCAAGGAACCGAUGGCAAAGGACUCCUUUAAAACCAUGGACAGCAACAUGGACACUGUUGAGAAUAUUGAUCACAAGCUGAUCCGUAGCUUGCAGAUGGAGAUUGCUAAGGUAAUGGUAGAGUUAAGUACCAGUAAGGAUGAGUUAGCUACUGCCAUCGCUAGCCAGGAUUUUAUCUCUGCCCAGCAGAUUAAGCAGAGGCUUACUGAACUAGAAGCUAAACGGGUUCAGUUGGAGCAGGAAAUCGAGACAGAGAAGGGUCGGGUUAUCCAUGUUGAAACUGUAGUUGAAACUCCAGCAAUAGUUGGAACGGAGCCAGAAGACCCGGAAAUAACAAUGAAGUGCUUGAAGUUGCUGGUCGCCACCCUACAGGAUCCAAGCAUCACUCAGCUUAACGCCACCCUGUUCACCCUGCUAGAGGAGGUGGUUGUAGUAGCUGUUCAGAACCAGAGUGUGAGUAUUAGGAAGGAGGCUAUUCUUGCUCUUAACUGCUUUUGUCUCAGAUCUAUAGAAAAUGCUCGUUGCCACAUGCUGUUGUUUCUUCAGGCUGCACAUGUUGACAGACCUGAGGUCAGAAUUGCUGCCAUUACUGCUGUCAUUGACCUCCUUAUGAUGCAUGGAAUGGGGUCAUUCAUCACCACAGCAGCACCGGCUGCUGCUGAUUUAUCUGGAACUGAGGGUGAACUAAGUGAGACUAGUAGUAGCAUUGAUACUGCACUAGAAAGUGACAUGGCGACCCGUGGAUCAGAGCUUACUCAGAAUGAGUUGAAUACUCAGGGUGGAAACUCCGUUGUAGCAAUCCUCUCAAAGAUGUUGGAUGAACCUGACAUGGAGCUGAGGACUGAGGUAGCUGAGGGUCUUUGCAAACUGCUCAUGAUUGGUUCCAUCUCAUCCCCAAAACUUCUCUCUCGACUCCUCCUCAUGUGGUAUAAUCCUAUGACUGAAUCAGAUUCUAAACUGCGCCACAUUCUUGGCACAUUUUUCCCAUUGUAUGCAUCAAUGAACAAGACAAACCAGAUGGCUUUGGAGUCUGCCUUCAUACCCACUAUGAAGGUGUUGUUUGAUGCACCGGUAACAUCUCCUUUAGCUGAUAUUGAUACCGAAGAUGUUGGUAUGUUCUUUGUUCAUCUAACCCGAGAAGAUCUCCUUCAGAACUAUGAACCUCAGCGCAAGGAUGUGGAGGGUGAGAGCACUGUAUCCAGUGUACACGAUGCACUUGCUUUUGCAGUAUGUAAUGAGAUCCUCUCCUCCCCUGACAGCCUGCAGACCAAGAUCUUGAUCAAGAUCCUCUCCAACCUGCAGAUCACACACAACAACUUUGUAGGGUUACGCGAACUGAAAGUACUAUCCGAACAGUUGCUUAAACAUGUGAAGGAAAAGCUCUGCCGUAAAUCCUUGGAGAAGUUUGAUAAAUCACUUGAGGAGUGGUUGGCCAGAGAUCCCUCUAAAUCUGGAGAUCUUCCAGUGGAAAAACGUCUUAUUGACGAAUCGGAGACAUCAACUGAUGAGACUUUUGCCACCCCGGGUAAAAAGAAAAGGAUCCUGUUCUCCCAAUCUGUGCUAGGCAAUCCACUGCUGGAUGUGGAACAACCCCAUGAGUUUGCGGUGCUCAAUGCUGCGGGGGAAAUCAGUCCACGGAAGAUUCCAAGUCCUGUGGUUAGAUCCAACAAGGAACUGGGGAACAACUCCACAGCAGAAUUUGAGAAGAGACUUGAUUCCGCCACAGCCCAGGCGGAGUCAUUGAGUUUGAAAACUGCAGAGCAGGAUAAAGCAUCUUCCACUUUACAGGAGGAGGACAUGGAGCAAGAUUCUGAACAGGAGAAGGAGAAGGAGUCGGAAGAGGAGUCGGAAGAGGAAGAGGAAGAGGAAGAGGAAGAGGAGGAACGGGUUCGGAUUGUUCCCCCUACUCCUGAAACUACAGAAUCUGAGGCUUCCAGUGCUGAUGCUGAGACUGACACAGAACUCUCCACCCCAACAAUACUCCAUAGAAGAGGUUUAAGGAAGAUUGUCGAGGAUACCCCUAGCCCUGUAUCCUCCAGAGGCUCAGGAAAAGGUCGGAAACCUGUGACCUCGGAGUCGUCUAGUAUGAGUUCCAUAGGACACAAGGUUCCAGAGACCCCGGAGAAGGUGAUCAGAGGUCGACCCUUGGUUCCUGGUAGUCCAGGAGUCUCUAGAUCUGGGAGGAGAAAUAGUCCCAGGAUUGAUUACAGAACUGGAAAUGAAAUCGUCCCUGACUCUCCAGUAAGUUUAAGAAAGGCUACCACCAAAAAAUGCGACGUUCUUCUCAGUCCUCUGCCGGGAAAGAAGAAAACUAAAUCCGUCCUGGACGGAAAUAAACCUCUGAAACCAAGCGUGAACACACCCAAAUCCGUCGCCGAAUCUUCCUCCAAGAAGACUAGAACUGCGCCACGUGCUACAGCGGAAGUUGAAUCUGAGGCUUCCAGUGCUGAUGCUGAGACUGACACAGAACUUUCCACCCCAACAAUACUCCAUAGAAGAGGUUUAAGGAAGAUUGUCGAGGAUACCCCUAGCCGUGCAUCCUCCAGAGGCUCAGGAAAAGGUCGGAAACCUGUGACCUCGGAGUCGUCUAGUGUGAGUUCCAUAGGAGACAAGGUUCCAGAGACCCCGGAGAAGGUGAUCAGAGGUCGACCCUUGGUUCCUGGUAGUCCAGGAGUCUCUAGAUCUGGGAGCAGAAAUAGUCCCAGGAUUGAUUACAGAACUGGAAAUGAAAUCGUCCCUGACUCUCCAGUAAGUUUAAGAAAGGCUAUCACCAAAAAAUUCGACGUUCUUCUCAGUCCUCUGCCGGGAAAAAAGAAAACUAAAUCCGUCCUGGACGGAAUUAAACCUCUGAAACCAAGCGUGAACACACCCAAAUCCGUCGCCGAAUCUUCCUCCAAGAAGACUAGAACUGCGCCACGUGCUGCACCGGAAGUUGGUAAGAGCGGAAGCGCGCUGAAACGCAGUGCUGCUGAUAGUAGAAAUAACAGUCCUUCUCUACGUGCUAAACCAGCCAAGACAGGGAAGGUUGGGUCGGAAUCUGAUUCAUCCACCUCCUCUCCUAGUACUAGACAGAGUAAGAGGUCUAGUAGCAAGCUGCCCUAGAAGAGAUUCUGACCUCAAUGAUAAACCUUAUCUUCAUAUUUAAUCCAUUAGAACCUUAACAUAACUGUUUUUAUGUUCAGAAAUAUUUUUUUAGAUUUUCAAAUCUUAAUUAAAAAAUCAUUUAAUAUUAAAAGCCUUUUUAAGUUAUGUUGUGCAACAGCAAAAUCAAUGAUAUUUUAUUUUUAUACUGCAAUUAGCAAAUUCAAUGAUAUUGUCUAUUUUAAAAUGUGCAACUAGCAAAAUCAAUAAUAUUGUCUAUUUUAAAAUGUGCAACUAGCAAAUUCAAUAAUUUUGUCUAAUUUAUUAUGUUGCGACUAGAACAUUUAAUGAUAUUGUCUAUUUUAAAACGUGCAACUAGCAAAGUCAAUAAUAUUGUCUAUUUUUUUUUUGUCAACUAGCAAAUUCAAGUAAUAAAUUGUGUUUAAAAUA